GAAAAAUACCUUUGAACCUCGGGAGCGACUCGCUGCUUAAUUUGCCCCGCCUACGUAGUCCCGGCUGCCUGCUGCUUUCUUUUACACCCCAUUCUCCCUAUAAUAAUACCCUCUACGCUCCCUUACCGAAUAUUAUUGAUCGCUGUCCAAAGUCAUCGUCGAACUCAUGGAUGGGGCGCAGCUGGCGCGGUGGACGCGGUUUGCAGGCAAAGGAGGAAUUGGAAAAUGUACGGCAAUAAGAGACUGUAUUGCAGAAAGCGGGGACGAUUUGAUGUUUCUCCAGGACGACCUAAUUAUUGUUCUCAUGCAACUACCUCCACCUGACGAAGGAUGGUACCUUGGCUACUGUGAAGGCGUUGUUGGACGAUUCAAUGGCACAGACGUUCGAUUUGAGAAAGGAGAACGAUUAAAGAAACCGGUCCUUGCAAAACGAGGAAGCAGUCGACUCAGCUCCCUGAAUAUCCUGGACACGCCAAAAAGCCCGCUCUUCUCAAAGGGAACCUUCAGUGAAGAAGCAAAGAUUCUGGAGGUCGAGGAUAAGGUCAAGGACAACUAUACCAUGUUCACGGCUCCACCUGAUACGAGCACCAGCUCGGUUGAAGACGUUCGUCCACUGUCUGAUGGUGACAGCAUGGCUAUUUCGCCGCCCGAGUCAAUGUCUGGGUCGUCAACAGUACGCGAGUCGACAACAAUAAGUGUGGCAGAAACAGUAGUGGACAGAGAAUCAGCUGGGAUGAACAUUGGGUUUGCGUUGCUGCAGGAGUCGGACGGCGAAGACGACAACAGCGUCUACAGCGAUGAAAAUAUGCUGCCUGCAGUAGAGACAACCAAAGAGAUAACGGAUGAAACGACAGAAGAGAUCAUGGUGAUAGUUGAGACUACGGCGACAGAGUCUGAGACGACAAUGGAGGCGACUGUUCCGACAACGACGACAGCGGAUGAAGAGCGAGAGGUAACGAAGGAGGAACGAAGGAAUAGCGAGGAGGAUCCGUCACGGUCGCCGAGUCUGUCAGUGUGGGAUAUUUACGACGACUACCGGUACUCUAGAGCGACAAUGCAGCAUCAGUCACUGUCGACGUCCUCCAUGCACUCCACCAACGGUCCCUCGCAGUCCUUACCAUCUCCCCUUCUCCACACCCGAUUUAGCAACUACUCCCCGACGGCCUCGCCAACGUCGUCCACAUUCCCGCCCGACGAUUCUCCCACCUCCACGCCUUUGCUGCCGCCGCCAUCACCCCUAGCGCCAUCUCUUCCUCCAGAAAUAACGUCCCCACCAUCAACGCCGCUUCUGAUGGUCAGGAAACGGAUCCACCCAUCUGCUUCGGAUGGACCACGAGAAUCUCUCUUUCUUCCUCAUCCAAACGCGCCUCGAGCACCCUCGACAGCGCCAGUGGAGCCUCCAACGUCCAACAACCUCAUACCGACACUCAAACACGUUCUCACCCUACCCAACGGUGCCACGAUCUACGGUAGAACACUGGGUGAUCUCUCUAGUGCACACGGACCAGUGGGGAUUACGUUCACUGUUGACCCCCCCCCACCUCCACCACCGCCGCCGGUGUUCGCACCUCGGACCAGCAGCCCUUUGAGGACAAGGAGCAGCGUUUCCGCUUUACGCGAAUCUCCGUCACCACUGCCGCGACCGUUCAAUGGACCACCUGCCCCACGGCCAAGAAGCAGAAGCUUCUCGGAUUUGCGCGCUGCAGCAAUGCAGCAAAUAACACCGUCACCGACACGUAUGCGAACAGCAUCAACGGCUCCACUUAUCGUGACAACGGCAACACCAUCUCCGCCCUCUCGUCUCCGUUCAAACUCAAUUGCUCCAAAGCCUAUCCUAACCUGGCUUUCAUUUGAAUCUCCACCUUCGCCGGUACCUUCUUCACCUACGGCCACCUCUGCAUCUCACUCUCUUUCCUUACUUACCAAAAUUCCGGAAUCAAAUUCCGAGUUGCUACCGCCUCCAACGAACGAGUCACCGCUCACUGCAUCAUCUCCAGCAUCCCUCUCUGCUUUUCCCAUGCCUCCAAGGGGAAAUUCACCUGCUUCUCUGUCUUCCUUCCCCCUUCCGCCGACCUUACCACCGCCAUCUAUCACGCCUACCACAUCUCCGCCGCGUAAACUCUCCCUUCCAAAUCUCCGUGCACGUACUGUCUCACAUCGUGUUGCUACCCUUCAAUCCCAACGUCCUCCGUCGUUUCAGUCUAGACCUAGCGUUUCAGAGAGUGUACGACCGUCUCUCGACACAGGCUCAAUUAAAUCUCAGUCAAGCGGACAGCAGAUUCAAGUCAAGAGCACCGAAUUUGAACUCAUAGCGCCAUCCCCAAUAUCUACUUCUCCUUCAUCCUCAAGCCCGUCUUCGCCGUUCCCUCCAGCCCGAACGAUGCCCGUAGAAAGGCAGAAGUCGGCCCAAGAAAAGCAACAGGAUCGCGAUCGCGAGACCAAGUUCCUCGCUAUAUUGUCCACGCCGAAAUCGAAGCAAAAGAAGCUACGAAAGCUAGUUAUGGAGGGAGGCAGUAUACCUAUGAGCGUGCGGUGGCUGGUUUGGAUGGAGUUGGUCGGCGGAGACAAAGACGGCAAAGAACAACCUAGUUCGAAUGGCGCCGUGGGAGGUGGUAUGCUCACCUCUGGCCCACGUGGAAAGUCGCAAGCAGCGCUAACUGCUCUGCUUGCAUCGGAAACCUCCACCGCAUCCUCUCCGGCCGAAAAGCUCUCGCGCGCAUAUCGUAGGAUGUGUCCAGAUGUAGCUGGGAGCGAUGAACUCUCCUUGAUUCUCACGUUCCUCCUCACUCUCGCACCUGAACAAGACGCGUUUUGGAUAUUCUGCUGCGUGAUGGACUCGUCGCUACGCGGGUACUUUACGGCAGAUGAACAAGCGCUGGAGGUUGAUGGCGAAUUGUUUUCACGGGCGCUGGGCAAGGCAGAUGGUCAGCUAGCACAUCAUCUCCUCACGACGUUGGGAAUACCCGCUGGGAAGCUUAUACGCGAAGCUGGUGUGCGAAGGGGGUUCGUCGGUGUCAUCCGGAACUCUGAUGGCGAUGAGGAGGAGCUUCGGCGAGUAUGGGAUACGUGGCUAUGUGAUGGCCUGCCGACGGUGAUAAAAACCCUUCUGACGAUUGUGACCCUCCUUCGACCAAAACUGAUGAGUUGUAAGACUAAUAGCGAGGCAAAAGACCUGUUGAGACGAGGCGUGUGUGUUGGGAGAGGCGACAUUGAACGGAUUGGACGGGAGCGGGGAUGGAAGGUCUCAGAGGAAGAGAUCAGGCGAGAACGUGCACGGAUGACCCGUGUUUUGUUUGAGGCUCGAGGGAAGGGCCGGGGAAAAGCCCAUGUAGGCCUUGUUGGGGGAGGAAGAGGGAUAUCGUUACCCGUAAGGUGAGCGACCUGGGUAUUUGUAUGUUAUUUCGUGCCGUGGCGUCGUUUCGAGGGAGGUGACAGGGUUCGUUGCGAAGGUAAAUAUGGGACAGUAAGAGGGUAUUGUCAUUAGGGC